CGGCCACGAGAUCUUGGCGUGAUGCUUGUCAGAUACCCGGCGCCCAAACACAGAGAGAGAGAGAGAGAGAGAGGAAGCCGAGGGAGGGGUGGAAUAUAAACAAGAAGGGGGAGGAGCUGAGUUAGCUGCCUCUCCUCGCUUUCCUGAUUGACAUCUUGCAGCAGCAUUUUAUUAUAGAAGGACGUGUGGAGGAGGAGGCGCUGGAGAGAGCGUUCCCUCCUUACAGCAGCAGCAGCCAGUGAGACCUAACCGACCAGGCGAUCAGAUAGUGGUUGAAUGUGAUUCAAGCACGAUGGACAGAGAAGGAGUCACGUUUGGAGGACCAAGCACCUUAAAUGAAAUGUGUAUUGGAUUCCUGUUCUAUUAUCCGGUAAUUCCGAUCGCGGCCUGCUGGAGUUACCAGGAUAUUAAUCAGGUGAUGGAUGCCUUGGAUCAGGAACGUGCGGACAACAUAAUAGAAGCCAUUAUGAACACCGAUAGUGUAGAUUGGGACGAUGAGACCAGAAAGAUUGCCCAGCAAGCAGUCUUGAAAGUGAAUCAUCUUGCCAUGGUUCAGAACCGCGCGGGGGAUAAUGUGAAUGAAACAAGUAAACUACCACCAAUUUUUGAACCCAUGCCCCAUCCUUGUCCUGAAUAUUCUCCCUGAUUAAUAUGCAUGGACACUGUAAUGGAGCUCCAGUUGUAUUUAGAGGGAUAGACUUUUCUUAGAUAAUUCAAAUUUCUUUUUAAGUUAGGAGAGGCACUUCCCGCAGGAAAACUAUGGAAUUUUAAAUAGUACAGGUUUAAGAGGACUGCACUUGAGCCAUACUUGCCUACCUGACCCACUCCAUG